AUGUUGUCCCGAUGGCGCGGUGGAAAAGGCAAGGCGCAGGAGCCUGCCAACGAGGACGAUGCGGAGAACGAACAGAACAAUGAGGGAGGCGAUAAGAAGAAGGCGUACAUGACGCAGCGGCCCGCGAAUACGGCGCUGCGGCAGCAGCGUCUCAAGGCGUGGCACCCGAUCCUGUCCCACGCGACGGUGUUGCCUCUGUUGGUCGGCGUCGGGGUGUUGUUCGCGAUCAUGGGUGCAGUGAUGUACUGGUCGGUGCUAAACGUGGACGAGUUCACGCUCGACUAUACCGAGUGCCGUCACCUGCAGCCGAACGCGCCGCCGGCCGACAUGCCGAGCGACAAGUUUUGGUACCACAUGUCCAAGAUGAACGCGUCGGCGUACGCGCCGCCGCAGUGGAGCAUGCAGCCGAUCGAGGUGCCGCAGGGAAACCCCCCUGCGUUCCGCUGCAUGAUCUCCUUUAGCGUGCCGAACCAGAUGGACGGCGGAGUCUUUUUGUACUACCGUCUGACGAACUACUACCAGAACCACCGCCGCUACCUCAAGAGCAUGGACUAUAUGCAGCUCAUGAACAAGCCGCGCACGCCCGACCAGCUUGGCUCAGGGCAGUGCAAGCCGCUCGGCCGCGAUCCCAACACCGGCAAGGGCAUCUACCCUUGCGGCCUGAUUGCCAACAGCGUCUUUAACGAUACCUUUGGCAACCCCCAGCUCCUCGAUGCACAAGGCCAAGUCGUGCGCAACUACACGAUGAGCGAGAAAAACAUCGUGUGGCCGGAAGAGUGGAAGCACUACGAGGCGCCGACGUACAAGGCCGCCGACAUUGUCCCGCCGCCGUUCUGGCUGGGAGCGACGGGGCCGUUUGGCUUCCCGAAUGGGUACGAGGAAGGCCACGUGUUUAACCCGCGCGAAAACGAGCACUUUAUGGUGUGGAUGCGCACCGCGGCCUUCCCCACGUUCCGCAAGCUGUACAAGCGCAACGACGACGAGCCACUGACCGUCGGCCGCUACACACUCGAGAUCCACGACAACUACCCGGUGAGCAUGUUUGACGGGACCAAGUCGGUGGUCAUCAGCAGCACCGCGUGGAUCGGUGGCCGCAACCUCGAGAUUGGCCUGUCGCACAUUGCUGUCGCGGCGCUGUGCUUUGCCCUGGCAUUGGCGCUUGCCGCGAAGCAGCUCGUCAAGCCACGGCGGCCGGGCGAUUUGAGUUAUCUGAGUUGGAAUAACCCGCAAAAUACUGCGCGGUAG